UCACAGUUCAGAGCGAAUGGGUGCGUUCAAGGAUGCGGAAACAAGGUCUCGAGGCAAAUGGGACUGAACGAAAAGAGACGGAUGAAGGCGCGGCUUCACGAAGGGAGAGUGACCCGGUCAUUGAAACCAGAGUGAACGUUUUUCACAAGGUUAGAGGCGCCGCUUUCGAGAAUGGUUCUGGUGAUCUAAGGGUUACAGGUUCGGCUUCUGCAAAUCCUAAGUCGGCAUUGGUGGAGGACAGACAAGCGGAUCCUCGAAUAGACAGCAGAGCAAGUGCGAAAUAAGCAGAUGCUGUGCUUGAUCAGGAGAGGAAGGAGCAUGGCCGUGAAGAGCAGUCAUUGCGUCAGAUUAUCAACCUAGUUGGGAUCGGGGAGAGCAAAGUAUUCGAGACAGUUUCAAGGCUUGGACUGAGAUCGGAAAUGGUUAUGCGACCCAGUUCUAAGCUUUACGAAAGGUUCAUGCGGACUUAAGACACCUGGUGUACAACAUAAUUGGAUUAUUCAGUAUCUUCUAGGCGGUCGUCCUCACCGCCCUGUCACAGUUGACGACUGGGACGUACCUGCGUAAGUGCGGGAAGAUUUGGUGUUCGACCGUGUUGACUGAUUGCUGCAGUAGUCACAACCACUUCACUGCUGUAAAAGUUCAGACGAUUUGCGGACUUGGAGUUCAACGAAGCAACUGCCGACAUACUCCGAAGCGUUACAGCAGGGCGAAUAUCGCAGCUUAGAUACAAGGGUAAUAAUUUUGAUUUUGCCAAAGACUCUACGGAAAAUUCAAGCGAAGUGCAGGGACUAAGCAGCAAUCACUCCACCGCGCUGUGCAGCGCGCUGAACUUUGGCAGGGCUGGUGUCAUUGUGUCGGUGAUUUGUUUCACAGCAAUAUUUGUCGUCUCACAUUUUGUACUCCUUUGCGACAAGUGGGUUCUCCAAGGUUGGGACUGAGCCACCAGGGCCUUCGCAGUCCGCGGCAGUAGCAGGUCCGAAGUUAACAUGUCGAAGACCAUAAAGAUAACCAAUGACACUGGUGGCAGCAUCACGAUCAAAAUGAACACUGAAGGAAUACUGUCCGACAUGGGUCCCCCAAUAGGCAAGCAGGGGCAUAUCAAUGUCAACGUUUCGGAUGCAUCGUAUUGUGAGUUCUGGGUUUAUUCCUGUACAUCUGGUGGUCAAAGUCGACAACUGGUGCUCAGCUCGAACGACCUGUUGAAGCAUAAGGAAGUUGUGAUUAGGACCUCUGCUGCUACUGGUAGGCAACCCAACUUUACCUGGGAACCUGUUCCAUCAUCUGCGGAGGGUAUAAUGAAAUUAUUUCGUCAGAGCGUGGGAAAAGUGUCUUCUGUCACCGCUUCUGAUCAUGCUUCUGGGUCUACCUCGGAGGAACAUCAACCUCGCUCUACGUCUACUCCUGGCGCUGGCGGUGAAGGCGACAUCGAAGUCGGUGGGAACCGAAAACUGGCGGGAUCGAGUAAAUGAGCACCAUGGCUCAAUAUCUCAGUUCGCUUGCAGUUUCCACAAUCCUGGCGUGAUGUCGUUCCAUUGCAGUGUGACAUACGUGUACCCUCUAACCCCGUUUGGUGUUGUUUGUGAGACGAAGCCUUCUGAAGCACGGAGUGUCUACGCGACCAGAAUGUCAAGAUCUCCUCUCCGGAUGUGGACAAUGAACCAGCAUUCGGACAUCUCGAGCUCAGGUAGUUGUUGGUUUGCGGCUGCAUGCCGUAGAUAAAUAGAUAAGAUAGUUGUGAUUGCGGGAAGUUGUUUUGGUCGACAGUCUUCAGGAUGUGAAGUUUGUCGAUGAGAGCGCGAGUGAGGGCCAAAUUUGUUGUCAAUCAUGGUGUUGUGCAAUUAUCAGGUUCAGCGUUCUCUACGCUUUCAAUUGUAAACUCAUGAGUUAGAAUUUCGAACGAUGGAUGUCGCCCUUCGAGCUGAGUCUGGAGGCGUUCUUAGCCUUUCAA